CAAAUAAAUACAAAAUAUAGUCAAUUAAUUAAUUUUUUUUUUAGCUUGGUAUAUAUUAGAGGUUGUAUUUUAAGUACCAGAGAACAAGGAGCUUAGAGACAUUUUAGGAUGAAAUACUGGGAAAGCCUACAGGAAGCAAUUCUGUAAGACUCCUUAUAAACAUGGAGCUGGUCGAAAUGUAAAGUAUGACUCCCCCUCCGACGUUUCCUUACACCCGGUUCGGUUUCAGAUGUCUUGGCGCUCCCGGCCGCUAGGUGGCACCUGGAGGAGCGCAGGCGUGUGGUGACGCAUGCGCAGUGCCCAUAGCUUUAGCCAUUGGAUCUACACUCGCGCCCAUCUGUUCUCACGUGCGCUCCUGUAAUCCCGCCAUAUUCCUCUUUCUCUGGGAGCGGCCGAGCUGAUCGGGAGGCCCGAGAUGUCUGAGCUGCGGGCAAACAGCACUGUCCCGCACACCGAUGCCGAGGAUGGGGACCGCGACGCCCCGCAGGCGGAGGUAGGCGGCGGGCCGCCGGAGCCGGUCCAGGCGCAGCCUGAGGAGCCCAGGGAAGGUCCGAUGGCGGCGGCCAGGGAAGUUCCAGUGGCGGCGGCCGGGGCAGCUGGGAUGGCGGAGGUCGCCCGACUGGUGGCGGAGCCUGCGGAGGAAGAGGGUCAAGAGGGCUGGCCCGGGAACGGCCCCGGCCUGGCUGCGUUGCCUCAUGGCCUUUACCGCGUGUUGAGCGUUUGGGAAAUUACUCACCAGUAUCGGCAGCUCUACCUGAUGGCUGUGGUCAGAAUGCAGGAGGCUGAACUCUGCGGGAGAUUUGUGGAAGCCGAGUUUGAUGACGAGUAUCCGUGGAAUCCCCCGAGGAUUGAUUUUGAUGUUCUAGCAGGUAUAACUCCGACUGCAUCUGCAGUGAUUGACCCUCUGGUAGAAGAACUCGGUUGUGAUAAGUUAAUCAGCAGAGAAUAGUUUGGUGAUGAAACUGCUUCCAGAAGAACCUCUGUACUCAAGACAGCCUUAUGCCAAUCCUGGAACUUGGUUUUAAAAAGGCAGUUGUACGCGCAUAAGGCAGUGCACAGUUGAGAAAAACAAAGAAGGAAGCUUCUCGUGAAAAAUAUCAGGAAAGAAAAAAAAAGUGGAAACUGUUGGGACUCCUGUAUUGUUCUUUGGGUUGGUGACUGAUGGGGUUUCUUCUCCUUGUGAUUGGAAGUGUCUUUCAAAAUUGCUUCACUAAAAAGUGAAGAAUGGUUCUCUAAUUUGAGACUUGAUAAAGAAAUGUUGCCAGUAAUAAAACUCAUGAUGAUGGAAGUGUCAAGUAACAAUAGUAGGAAUAAGGAGUCAGAGCUGCGUUAUCAGACUGGAGGACAUGAGCGAACCUGAAAUUGUCAGAAAAUGUGUUCUCUUCAUGUCAGAUUCAACAGAAAUUUUUA